CUCUGCUACUUGCACCAGUCCACACCACACAGUAAGAAACUAAUGGAGGUCGACGUGGCAGCAACUACACUCGGAGUGGGAGGUGAUGUGUCUUCUCCUUCACCGUUGAGCUUGCUCUGCGGCCUCGCUUCGCUGCUCGUCUUGCUGUGGGCGGUCUCCCGGGCCGCUGAGACAUGCUGGCUGAGGCCACGGCGGCUCAGCCGGGCGCUCCGGGCGCAGGGCCUCGGCGGCACGGCGUACCGAUUUCCCGCCGGGGACCUCGCAGAGAACGGACGGCUCAACGAGGAGGCUCGGUCCAAGCCCAUGCCGCCGUGCCACGACAUUGUGCCCCGUGUGGCGCCGCACCUCCUCAACACCAUCAAGGAACACGGUAACGUUUGCAUCACCUGGUUCGGACCAACCCUAAGGGUGGUCAUCGCGGAGCCAAAGCUAGUGCGAGAGAUCCUGUUAGACAAGUCCGGCCAUUUCGAAAAAUUCACGAACAAACGUCUGGGAAAACUGAUAGCCCUUGGGCUUGCCAGCUACGACGGUGAGAAAUGGGCGAUGCACAGGAGGAUCUUGAACCCCGCUUUCCAUCUCGAAAAGCUCAAGAGCAUGUUGCCGGCUUUUUCGACAUGCUGCACCGAGUUGAUAAGCAGCUGGGAAAGCAAACUAGCGGGUUCUGAUGGAUCGCAUGAAGUAGACAUAUGGCAGGAUUUCCAGAACCUCACCGGAGACGUCAUCUCCCGCACGUCGUUCGGCAGCAGCUUCAUGGAAGGGCGAAGGAUCUUCCAGCUUCAGGCAGAGCAAGCAGAGCGAAUUAUCAAGGCCUUCCAGUAUAUGUACAUCCCAGGCUACCUGUUUUUUCCAACUGAAAACAACAAGAGGAUGAAGCAGAUCAACCAAGAGAUCGAAGGGCUCCUGAGAGGCAUCAUCGAGAAGCGGGAGCGCGCGAUGGAGAUGGAUGGGCUUAGCGGCAACGACUUGCUAGGCUUGAUGCUGCAGUCGAACAAGGAGAGUGGGCCGUCAAGGAUGAGGAUGAGUACCGAGGAUGUGAUCGAGGAGUGCAAGCUCUUCUACUUCGCGGGGAUGGAGACCACGUCCGUGUUGCUCACGUGGACGCUGGUCGUCCUGGGAAUGCACCCCGAGUGGCAGGAUCGGGCCAGGGAAGAAGUCCUCAGCGUAUUCGGCAAGGACAAACCUAACUUCGACGGCCUGGGUCGACUCAAAACGGUGACGAUGAUACUGUACGAGGUGCUUAGGUUGUACCCACCGGCGGUCACGCUGAACCGGAAGACAUCCAGACAGAUGCAGAUUGGAGGCAUCACCUACCCUGCGGGUGUAAUGCUGGAGCUGCCAAUAAUCUUGGUUCACCACAACCCAGAUGUAUGGGGGGAAGACGUAUUGGAGUUCAAGCCGGAGAGGUUUGCGGAGGGGAUCUCCAAGGCAACCAAGGACCAGCCGGUCUUCUUCCCAUUCGGUUGGGGACCGAGGAUUUGCAUCGGCCAGAACUUCGCGAUGCUGGAAGCUAAGAUGGCGCUGAGCAUGAUCCUUCAGCGUUUCGAGUUCCAGCUCUCGCCUUCGUACACGCAUGCGCCGUACACAGUCAUCACACUACAUCCUCAACAUGGAGCGCAAAUUAUACUCAAGAGUCUCUGAUGGUCAUCUUGCCUUGCAGCAUUGUUGACCAGUAGUGGGGUAGUUACCACUGCGGUAACUUCGUAAGUGUAAGUAAAUCGAAUGAAGUGAACUAGACUAUGUCAUAAAACUGGGUAUUUAUGCAGGGUUAACUGCCUGUUGGAGAUAGUGUUACUAGGAAAA